GGGGACCCCAACGUGUUGUGACGUUUACGCUUACAUUUUGACACUUUAUACGUAUGUUUUAGGUUAACAUAUAUGUCACUUGAAAAAUAAACCCUUUUUAUAAUUUAAUUUGCUUUAGAACGUUUUGGGUACGAUGUAGACAGUAUUUGGCUUUCCAGCAACGUGUGAUGCGGCCUUACGGGCAUGUCGUUGCCGAAAAAAUCCCAUAGGGAAGCUGACGAACUGAGCGAAACCAGCUGCUCUUCUCAAGAUGAUGCUGAUUUUUGCCAAGUGGAUACGAAUUACGGAAGCGACAUUGAAGAUAACACAUCAACGAUCCACUUGCAAGAAGAAAUUGAGGCUGAAAUUCCGCCUAUAGCCAUAAGAAUGCUAAAUUUGUGCAGAGAGUUUGCUAUUUUCUGUGUCAUCAUGGUCACCCUCACAGCACUUACCAAAGACCCUCCAAAAAUAUCAAAACCACCAGCAGCAUAUCCCUUCUUUCCAAAAGGCUCACUAGUAACAGAUUGGUUUAGAGGCCAUGUAAGCAAAGCCAUAGAAUACUCAAGAACAAACGACAUAGCCUUCAUCAUGUUCUACGCUCCAUGGGAUGCAGAAAGUCAAUCUGCCAAAAAGGAAUUUGAAAUUGCAGCAAAAUACAUGCAGGAUUAUGUGAGCUUUUCAGCUGUGAACUGUUGGCAUCCUCAAAGUGAAUGCAAAGUGCAGUAUAGUAAAGUUUACAGGUGGCCAGUGUUGAUAGCAUAUCCAUCUCAUGGUAGAGGAGUGCAAUAUAGUGGACCUAUGAGUGCACCACAUAUGAUUAAGUUUUUGAAGAAGAUUUGCAAUCCUAUUGUGAGGUUAGGUGAUGGGAAUCCUAAGCAGUUUGAAGAUAUAUAUGUGGUUGCGAAAUUAAACACUUCACCUGGUAGUCGGGACUUUGCAGUUUUCUAUACAGCGGCUCUAAAUUAUGUUGAAAAAGAUCCCGAGUAUCGUAUCACAUUCUUUGUGACGCCCACUCCUACUAAACAUCCUACCUUGCAUUUACAACUUUGGAAUGAAACACUGGUUUACCCUACUCAUGAGAAGGCAUGGUCUCCAGACGAAAUAUUGCAGUGGAUCUUCAAGAAUACUCAUCAAAUCACAACAUGGGUGACUCCAAGUGGAUCUAAAAGUGUAACUUUAUAUAACAAUAUGAACAACCAUCCAACACUACUGCUUUUUACACCAAAGAAUCCACUGCAUCACAGUAAUGAUUAUUAUAAUAUGCUUCAAGAUGUUUCUCAAGAAUAUCAUAAUUGUAAAGACAACGUUAUGGUCAGCAUGCACGCCUUAGCAUUAAAGCUUAAACGAUCAGUGAAUGUUUUACACCACAAAACAUUGAGUGCCACAUGUAAAGCAAAAUCGAAGGUGCAAACCAAUAAACGAGUGAUCUCUACACUUGCUACAGCUUGGACGAACAUUUCAACGUGUUCAAAGAAGGAUAAAGGUUGUAAUUUUGUGGAUAAAAUUAGUAGCUUCUGUUUGAAGUGGCAAUCAAAAGGCACCAUUGACCUAGCGCCUUUGAUAUCUCUAACUACGGAUGAGUUGUGUGAAAAUUGCAAAGCAUCACAUCUGGAAAACUAUAGUUCGAUGUAUACAGGGACAAAUGAUCUUAGAUCUCCUGAGGCUCUCCUAAACCAGUACAAGAAAGAGAAAUGUCGACAGUUCCUAGCAGCAGAAAAAUUGCAUCCAGCUAUUCUAGAAGCAGAGUACAGUUAUACUCAAGGGAAGUAUAGAAAUGUCAGCGGAUUGUCGUGCCAGACAAACAAAAGUUUGACGUUUUUAGCUAUGGACAGCUUGUUGAACUACCAGUUUGCUCGACGGUUGGGAGUUGAUCUGUCCAGUAAGCUUGAUAAGAGUGCUGCGAUUAUCAUUGGUGAUAAGAUGGAGUCCCACUACAUUUUGGAUGGUCCUAUUAAUGGGAUCACAAUUCGUGAUUUUAUUUUCAAUUUCACAAAAAACCAGUUAAGUAGAUCGCUAGAGUCGCCAGCAACUCUGCUUGAAUCCGAGCGAGAAACUUUUAAAAAGGCUGAAGUUGAUCCAAAAAGUAUUAGAAUUAAAGAGUUGGAUACAAAAUCGUUUCUACCUACUAUCUUUAUGGAAAAUAAGGCUGUUCUAGUAUUCUAUUACUCAAAACAAUGUUCCUUCUGUAGUGGUAUCUCAUAUACCUUACUGGUGACUGCAAAGAAGUUAGCUCAUGUAGAUAAAUUAUUGUUUACACGAAUCGAUGGAGAUACCAAUCUGCUGCCUUGGGAAUAUACUAUGGAAUCUUUUCCCACUAUCCUCUUCAUUCCCGCUACUAGCAAAUCUGAGAGUCGGGUAUUUCCGUCAAGCAUUCCUAUAAAUGUCGAUAAUCUGCUGGGAUUUAUACUCACAAAUUUGGAUCGUGGAUUGAAGCUGCAAGCAAUGUGGUCGAUAUGCAAACAAACAAAGUUUCCCGAUGAAAAGUCCACCUGCUAUUCCUCGCUGAUUGCGGAAACAAUUUCAUACAUAGACCAAACUCUACGUCAAUGGCGUCGGUCUAAUGAACGCAUGAAGCAGAUUUUGCUCUACAAACUGAAACAAUUGCGACAGUUGCAUUUGUUAUUUGCUCAUUCUCCGCAUCGGUCCGACCUGAUACAGUGGCAUUUUAGGAAAUUAAAUCUUAAUCUGGAUAGUACCAAGGGUUAUCGUGAUGGGUCAAGAUUUAGGGAUGAAUUGUGAAAAAACUAUGGGCAAAAUUCUAGUUGAUUUUGAGUCAAAAUGCUUUAUGGCAUUUUUCUCAAGAGUCAAGGUGCAGACCUAGCUCAGUAUGUGACUCAAUCUUGUUGAAAUAAUGCGAAACUUGAAUAUGGUAUUUUUCACGAGUAUCCAUUACGUUUUGACGUCUACUGAGGUGAACAGCUAUUCAGCAAGUGACAUCUUGGUAUUCAAAUUUGUAGUGUUGGCAAUAAUGUAUCGGGUAAAGCUCAUGACCGUUUUCAGAACAUAGUCAAAACUUAUUUAAUGUGUACCUGACUUGAAAUAUUGUGAUAAUCAGUAGCUGUUAUUUUGCUUGUAGCGUUUGUUCUUGUGUGCUUUUUUCUAAAUAAAGCGUGUUAAGGACGUGUGAAUCCAUAGCGUACUAAAGACCACAACAAAAUACGGUGCUGUCUAUAGAUCCAACGUUGACAGAUCCGUCAGAAUUGUGUGUCACUUGUCGAUAUGGGGUAUUUUGAAAUGUUACUAGAUAAUCAGCUGUUAUUUUAUGUGACGUUUGACGUAAUGAAUACUCGUGUAAAAGACUUUAUUAUUCUUCAACAUUGAACUAAAUCGUUUUAUGUCCCGCGUAGAGCCCUAAAACCAAACGUUCUAGGUACCAAAACUUACAAUGUUAUACAAAUAACUUGUUUUCAUACAAACCAAAAGAAUCACUUGCAAUAUGAAAACCGGGGUUAUUUACUUCGGUAUUAAAAAAAUGUGUUGUUUGAAUUUUCUAUCAGCACAGCCAUAUUGCCAAGAAGUAGCACAGACUCCAUUUCUCUUUCAAUAAAAAUCAUUUAUUUAACUUGGAUUCAACCUUUAUUUAUGACAAUUUUUAAACGAUGGAAAAUUAAUUCCAAGGUCCGAAAACAGUCGUUCCUUCAGCUCAAAAUGAACUCUCACGUCAUAUUUGAGGUCAUUGACAAAUUGCUUUUCAGAUAUGCUAAAGCCCGUCUCAACCUGUUUCCAAAAAAAUAUGUGAUUGCCAAGUCUGCGGAGUAGUCAUGUACUUUUCAAUUGCUACAGUAGGUCAUACUCACUAAAUAAUACUUGACCUCAUGUAUGAAAACUCAUUCUGAUGUAGAUCUCGAGCUCGAUACAGAUCUGCUGAGUGGUAUUUGAAUUUACAAACUUGACCUCCAAAUGACCUGUGAGAUCAUUGACCUAGGUCAUAUUUAAGGUCAUCAACAAGUCGCUUAGAUAUCCUUAAACUUUUCUUAGAGCCUUUGUUUAAAAAAAUGCGCGGAUCUGAUUAUAGUCACUGUUCUUGGCGGGUCAAAGUAAUACUACCAGUAUAUAUAUAUAUAUAUAUAUAUAUAUAUAUAUAUAUAUAUCUCCAUUUCCCUCAUACAUACAAAUACAACCUACCCCUAUGUGUGAACGUUUGUUCGGUAAGCUCAAAGACAUACCUUUUUUAGUUGUGUGACUCCGUCUCGAAAACUUUGUCGUUACGUAUGAGUGUCCUUCAAUCAUAUUUGUCAGAGUCACAACUUACUUGACAUUAUUGGCGUGCAGUUUGGGUUGUCCUGUUAUCAAUCUUCAAUAUAAAAUUGUGCAGUGUCCGGAAAUACGAUCAAUGGAGAAGGCCGUCAGCUCGUGCUAAAUUUAUUAGAGUAUUUUCAGGAAGAGAAUGAAUACAGCGGUCCUCUGUUACCCACUUCAUGCGUACUGGAGAGAGUAGUAGAUCUGCGCAUGGCACGGAGAACGGCGACUACAAUUAUACCAGGUUUUCGGGGUGGACGUGUAAUUUUCAGACGUUACAAUAGGUCAUACUCAUUGUACCAUUUAUGACCACUUGACCUCAUCUAUGAAAACGCAUUCUGAUUCAUAGUAACGAGCUCAAACGGACUGUUUGUACUUGAAUUUGCAAACUUGACCACCUCCAAAUGACCUCUAUUGUCUAAGUCACAUAUUUAAGGUCAUCAACAAAUUACUUUUCAGAUAUUCUAAAACUUUUCUUAGAACCUUCGUUUCAAAAAAAUGCGCGAAUACCAGGUCUUCGAGAUCGUCGUGUACUUUUCAGACGUUACAGUAGGUCAUACUGAUUAUUGAACUUAUGACCGCUUGACCUCAGUGUGAAAACGUAUUCUGAUGUAGAUUUAAUAGACUGUAGCUCUAACUUGAGAAAAAUGCCAUUGAUGCUAAGUAAAUAUAUUAUGAAGCCCAAGCCAAAUCAAAGUGCACUUAAUAUCCAUGUACAUUCCAGAGAUUUUUAGUAGAAGUAUAUGAGAGCUAUAUUUGUGCUGAAUAAAGUUUCAACAUAUUAAAAAUGCUCUAUAUUGUAGUUUGAAGGCUGCAUAUCAUUUUUGGUAGCAUUUUCCACGCAUAUCCUACAGGACGUUGAAUAUUUGUAAAAACUUGAACUAAGGGGUUUUUUUCAUUCCAUGGAAAUAAUUUGAGUACAUAAAAUUAUGGUAUUAAUUAUAUGGAUUAAUUCUCUCUUUGGAAAAUGCUAUUUAAUGAUAGGCAGUUUUUCAAACAUGGUUUCUGAUUAGUGAUGGCAGAAAUUUUACGAACUGUGAUUUAAUAACUGAUUUCUAAAUCACAAAUCACUACUGUUACCAAAUGUGAAAUAGCGUAACGUGAUCGCGACUUGGGGAACUAGGCGCUUUACGACAAUGGCGCUAAUGUUUGAAUGUAUAUGGAAUGCGCCCAUAUACAGUAGCUGACAAAAGUUUGGAAACAUUCUUAGUAAUUUUUAAAAAGUGCGUUAGUUUUUUAUUCUUUAUUAUUAAGGACUAUUUUUUUCUUAGUUUAAUUACAGUCUUGAGGAUACAAAUGACAAUUUGUGUUUGCUGUGGUGCUAUAGACUAGCAUUAAAAUACCUUCAUAUUAUUUUAUGACCAGAAAUGAGAAGACAAAAGUAUGGAAACAUAUUUAUUACAAAACUAAAUACAAUAACUCUACAAAAAGAUUUAAAAAAUGCUGUCUAGCUAAUAUUUGGUGGCAUAGCCUUUAGCAUCCAACACUGCCUGACAUCUGCUGCUCAUAGAAAACGUCAAUUUUUUACGGACGUCUGUAGGGAUAUUUUGCCAAAUAUUUUUGACAUAAUCAAAUAAAUUGUUCGUAUUUUUUAAAGUUUUUCUUGUCGGUUGUCUUUUAACAUGCUCGCAGAGAUGUUCUAUAUGGUCCGGGGAUUGCGAAGGCCAUGUCAUUUUUUAGUCUAAACCAGUCCUUUACGAACUACGAGGUAUGCUUGAGGUCAUUAUCUUGCUGGAAUGUCCAUCGUAAAGGCAUUUCUUCUUCAGCAAAAGGGAGCAUGUGUUCACUAAGAAUAUCUUUGUAAAGUUUUUGGUCCAUUUUCCUAAUAAUUUUAACAAUUGGACCCGUUCCAGAACUAGAAAAACAGCACCAAACCAUGAUGUUGCCUCCACCGUGCUUAACUGUUGACAACUGAUACUUUUGGUCGAAUCUUGUUGGUAUUGGACGUCCCACAUAUGCCGUACCGUUAUAUCCAAACAAGUUACAUUUGCUUUUAUCGCUCCAUAAAACUGUAUUCCACUGUUGUUCUGUUCAAGUUAGAUGAAUUUUAGCAAAUUCAAGCCGAGCAAUACAAUUUUUCUUUUUUUGAAAUGAGAGGCUUUUGUACUGGACGUCUACCAAAAUCCACCAAGCGUCUCUGCGCUGUUCUGGCAGAAAGAUUCUCGGCACCCUCUUCUGCGAUUCUUUUGAAAAUCUGUGUGGCUGGCAUUCGAGGAUCUUCAUGGGACAAACGUAUGUAGCGAUCUAAAACAAUCUUUUUUUUUCGGUCUUCCACACCUAAUUUUCGAAAUCGUCCCUUUGUUCAUUUUUAAUCUUUGAGAAAUAUCAACAUUUCUGACGCCACUUCCAAAUAAUUCAAUUGUCUCUCGAAUCUUUUGAAAAUUCUUUUACUUUUGCCAUUAUCACUGGUGAUAUUUACCGCACGCAAUAUCAGAGUAUCGCAGAACGAAUAAAUUCUGUAAAACGGAAAUGUUUCCAUACUUCUGUCGUUACAAAAACUGUGGUAUUUAAAAAAAAAAACGCGUGUUUUUAUUUUUUUCAUAGAAUUUGAAUAUUGAUAAGAUAAACUGGAGCCAAAGGUAGACUUUAAUAUUUAUAUUAUCUGUUCCUUCACAAUUUUAAUUUAGGUAUGUGGAAUAGUUCUUGAUAAUGUUAAUAUGUUUCCAAACUUUUGUUCGCUACUGUAAAAAAUUCAAGGAGCCACAUUGUCGGUUCCAGAAUUGAUGUUUAGCUAGAUUUCCGUCUCCGAGGGAGGGCAGGGUGGAGGUCGCCGGCGUUAAAAAAUUGAAUCCUCAAUUUUUACCUGACUGCCAUGUUUCCACGCGUGGUUAUGUGAUCAAAGAAUUCUAUUUCACGGGCUACAGUCCAAACGGCUUGAUGAAUUUUGACAUAUUUUGAUCCGUCUUAGGCCCGUAUCGUCAGUCGUCCCUACAAUAUUGUAGGGCGCCUUUAUGGCCUCCUUGAUUGUCAUGGUUUUCUACUUCUCCGUGUCAGAACUCUAUUUUGAGGUUAUGCCACAAACAUCUAUUUGCAUCAAAUUGUGCUUGCUUUUGAGUUAUAUCAUGUUUUAUCAGCCUGAAAUUUCCUACAAUUUAAAAAGAAAAGAUAUCUUCACAGUAGGAGAGCGCGCUGACGCUGACACGGGACAAGUGUAAUCUAGAAAUUUUUGAAGGAAAGAAAGGAGUAUGACAAUCAAGGAGGCCAUAAACGCGCCCUACAAUUGUAGGGAACGCGCCCUACAAUUGUAGGGACGACUGACGAUAUGGGCCUUAGCAAUGGCUAUAUUAAAAUUUCAUAAAAAACAAAAGAAUCUAAUCUUACAAUUCUUAUUUCAAGGCUACAGCUUAUACCCUAUUUCAACACAGUAAAAUGACAGCAGAAUAUCUAGUAAUAUCUCAAAAUUCCUCAUAUCGGCACAGGACACAUAAUUCUAACGGAUCCGACACCGUCAGGUAGUCAGAGCCGAUUUUGUUUUCGUUUUUUGUACGCUACAGAUUCAUUUGAACUUGAACAGAUCUUUUAUUUAGUAUUUGCAUUUAAACAACAAAACGCUACAAACAAGUUUUACUAGAUUUACACCCGAUUCAUUAUUGCAAUCGUUGCAGACUAACACAAAAAUGUGUAGUAGACGUCGAAGCAUGAUGGAUAUCCGUGAAAUAGGGUAUAAACGGCUUGAUGCAUUUUGAUAUGUGAGAUUUCUCUUGUCAGCUCAAGUGACACUGAAUAUACCAAAAUUUACUAAAAUCAAAAUCACAGCUUAAGCAGCACACUUCAGAUCUUCCAAACAGGGUAAUUUUUGCGGAUGUUUUGAAAACCAUAUAAACCCACACGCCAUUCGAAAGUCGUGAUCACGUCCGCUUUUAAAUCACUGAUAUCAAAAAGUAACGGUAUCAGAUAUCACAGGUAUUCAAAAAUAACAGUAUCGGCCAACUCUGUUUCUGAUUAGUAUUCCAUCUGAACGAAAUUGGACUAUCUAAUGGUUGUUAUAAUUAUUAUAGGAAUACUUUUUUCUUUAAGUGAACGUACUUUUUAUAGUUAAGCAAAAAUCAAGUUUAAUUAUUCUUUAUUUUUAAAUUGUUUUCAUUACAGUACCAUACAAUUGCGGUAAAGGUAUAAUAUUUAGUUAAUUUAUUUAUAUAUAAAAUUGUGUUAUAAUCAUUUAUCAUAAAAAACUGUGAUAAACUGUAAAUCUGUACAUAUAAUUUAUGAACGUAAUAUAUUGAAUUUUAUAUGCAGCAG